CUACAAAUCCCAGCGCGCCGGGGAGCGGAGCUGCGCCCGUCCCGGCUCCCGCCUGCUUCCUGCAGCGCGGCAGGGGGAAAUAUAAACAGCGGCGCCGGGGCACCGAGGGGAUGCUGCCGCUGGACGGGCCGGGCCGGGGAGCAGAGGCAGCGCUCGAGGCUAAGAGUUGAAGAUGGCAGAGGUGGAAAGCACAGUCAUAAACACCAAUGUAAAACAGAAAGACCCCAGCACAGCGCUGGUCAUUGCUGUGACCACCAGAGCCAUCUUCAACCUGGAGGAGGAGCACAAGCUCUACCUGGAGAAAGGCAAGGAGGAGUACACAAGGCACCAGCAGGCCAACCAGGACAAGCCCCUGCCACCAGGCACAGCCUUUGCCUUCAUCCAGGCAGUGCAGUAUGUUAACAAGAAGAUCCUGGAGAGCAACCCAGCAGAGAGGGACCUCUUUGACAUCCUGGUGCUCUCCAACAACAGCCCAGAGAGCGGCGUGCGUAUCAUCAACAGCGCCAAGCACUACGGCCUGGAGAUCUCCAAGUUCUGCUUCGUCAGUGACGACGACUCCACACAGUACCUGAAGUCCCACGGCGUCAAGCUGUUCCUCUCAGCUGACAGGACAGAUGUCUGCAAUGCCCUCCAGAGAGGGGUCUCAGCGGCACUCGUCUUCCAGCAAGAGGUGCAGGCCCCCAGCACCCCACUCCGUGUGGUGUUUGACGGGGAUGCCGUGCUCUUCUCGGACGAGACAGACCAGAUCUUCCAGGAGCAGGGCCUGGAGGGGGCAGUGCAGUAUGAGCGGGCGAUGGAGGCCGUCCCCAUAGGAGAGGGUCCCCUGAAGGCUUUUGCCAUGCACCUUGGGAAGAUGCGGAAGAAGUUUGGCCGGGAAGAAUCCCCCAUCCGCACCUACCUGGUGACAGCGCGCAGCGGCCGGGACAUGGGCGUCCGAGCCAUCAAAACACUCCGGGAAUGGGGUCUGCCCAUCGACGAGGCUUUCUUCAUGGAUGGGGCUCCCAAAGGCCCCAUCCUCGCCCAGAUCCAGCCUCACAUUUUCUUUGAUGAUGGGCUUCAUAACAUCCAAGGGGCUCAAAAUGUGGGGGUACCCUCUGCCUGGGUCCCUUCCUGCUGCUGAUGGGCUGCGGGCCAAGUCCUCCCUCCCAGCAACACAGGGGACUGGGUCAGUUGGAGGCAAAACUUCUGGUGGAGAAGGAAAGAUCUCCUAAUGUGCAGCAAGCAAAUCUCAGGGAAAGGGGACGAGAGCAUGGACUCUCAUGCAAAGCUUGAUGCAUAUUUCUGCUCCUCAUAAGAGGUUCUCUAUGUCUUAGGAUAAAGCCAAAAGAUACAACUGUUCCAGGUGGGAGGACACCUUUGCUGUGACACUGAGGACUACACCUACCUGCCUGGGGACUUUUCUCAAAGAAAUUAGUGAAGCUAAUGCCACACACACAAGAUGAAAGAAGCAAGAAAAAAAUGCUAGUUUUGGCUGUGCUCAGACGGUCUCCAAGAUUGAGCAACACAGGAAGGACAUCAGCCUGUUGAGCUGAGUCCAGAGGAGGCAGACCAAGAUGAUUAAAGGGACAGAGCACCUCUCCUGUGAGGAAAGGCUGAGAGAAUUGGCAUUGUUCAGCCUGGAAAAGAGAAGGCUUCAGGGUAACCUAACUAUGGCCUUCCAGGACCUGAAGGGAACCUACAGGAAAGAUGGAGAGGGAUUAUUUACAAAAGCAUGUAGUGACAGGACAAGAGGGGAUGGCUUCAAACAGAGCAAAGGCAGGUUUAGAUCAGAUAGUAGGAAGACAUUCUUUUCUGUGUGGGUGAUGAGGCACUGAAAUAGGUUGCCCAGGGAAGUUGUGGAUGCCCCAUCCCUGGGAGUGUCAAAGGUCAGGUUGGAUGGAGCUCUGCAUAACCUGGUAUAGUGAAAGGUGUCCCUGCUCACACCAGGGUGGCUGAAACUGGAUGAUCUUUAAGGUCUCUUCCAACCCAAACCAUUCUAUUAUUCUAUGAUUCUAUGAUUUAUUCCCAUCUGCCUAAAGGGAGCUUUCAAGACCCUGCCUCACCAGACCUCAUCUUUGUUUCCUGAGGAGACUGAUCUGCUAAUGAGUGCUUCAGGCAGCUCCAGCCAAACUCAGAAGAGGGAGAAAGACUUCAAAACUGUAAAGGACCUACAAACCUUUUAGAAAUGGGUGAAUGGGUUGAAGAAAGAAAGCCCAAGCUAUUCCUCCUCAUAAAAGAGAUUAUAGCACAAGACAGAUUUCCUUAGACAUGCAUACUGCUCAGAAUGCUUUUAGGAGACAGACCUGUGGGACACACAGCUCCUGGAGCUGCAGGACAGGGACAAGGCUACAGCCCAGCACUGAGGUUCCACCAGGAGGGGGCACUGGAGAUAGGCUGCCUGCAGCGCAAGCCGUGGAGGGGCCCGGGCUGCACACCGGCACUACGGGGGCUGGGGCAGGACUGGGAACUGUGGCCAACCUUAAAUGGAUCUCCAGAGCCGUGGGUGGAGGGCAUGGGUGGGGGUCUCAGGAGCAAAUGCUCCUUGCACACGGGGUACGUGGGUGUGCUCGGUUCCCUGCCUGACAUCACACCACACCCCAAACAGGGAUGCCUCACCUCUGGCAGUUUGGACUCAAUUUUCCUAGGGAACAAGGAUCCUGCAAGGCUCAUCUGCAGGUUUCUUUCCCCAGGGCUGGAUGUGAGUUGCCACUAGAGGCCACUGUGCUGCCUGGGGACAUGGCACCUCAAAUCCCUGCCAGCUGUCCAGAAACACUUGUAAAAAAGCACAAACUGGCUGCUCAGGUGGCAGCGGGAUUAUGGAUGAGGAGAUAAAGACGAUGCUGGCUUAGUUUUUUUUUAAUCUCAGUGUAAUGAGAAAAUAAUUAUUUAAAAGGCUUCACAAGUGUUGCUCUCACCAAAGCUUAUUUCCCCUCCAAUAAAUAAAUAAAUAAACAAACAAGCAUCCCA